UCUUCUACAUGAACUACAAUGAAAGGUCCUUGGCCUAACGUUAUUAUAUUGUUAACUGUAACGUUGGAUGGUUGCAUAGGUUGACAAGAGGUCGAGGACUGUAUGUAACGUUCUUUCCUGGAUGCAGUAUCAAGGUAUCAACUUGAAAGUUGAAGCAGGAAGGAUGGGGCUCUUUGUCCUGUGGAUAUUUCUGCUGGUGCAGACUUGUGCUUCUGGUAACCUCAUCCAGUCACUCAAACCUAUGAAUGUAGCCAUUGGGAAAACAGCAUCAUUAUCAGACGAACAUGUGGUCUUCAACCUUCCAUCUGACACAGAUAACAGCACCUGCAAAGUUGAGGUGGUCCACAAUGAGCCGAUGUUUCAGCGGGUUGGGGUGUUGCGGCCUCAGGUAUUUGACUGCCAGUACCCACCAGGGACCGUGCACUAUAUCCAUCAUGGAUCAUCACUACUGCACCAAGAUCAGGUCAAGCUACGUGUGCAUCUCUUCACCCAAACAAAAACUGUCUCUGAGGUUUUUAUUCUUACCAUACGUACACGUGACCAGCAGUAUAGAGCUGUACAGGUAAAACGGAAUUUGACAGUAUCUGAAUUUUUUGGCCUCUCUGAUCCUUUAGAUGCCAAUAUUUUGGAAUUUGUGUACACGAGAUCAAAUAAUGCCAAAUGUGAAGCACACAUCUCCGUGCCUGUGACUGCCCUGCCUGAAUUCGGUCAGCUUGUCAUUGGGGAAAACAGGAGGCAAGUGCAGAACCUGAGAGAGCAAUGUGACAAGUUGCUGACAUUAGGUCUACGUUAUGAACACUUGUUGCCCCCUUCCCCAGAUGUGGAUUUUAUUGCUAUUACUAUUGACGUAUAUGAUCCUAAAGGUGAUGAAGAAAGGUACACUGAGAGAUUGCAUUUACCUAUAAUUAUCAUCCCAGGCAUGCCCAAUACUCCACCAAAAGGCUCUUUUGGUGCGAUGUACAUCUUGGAUGUUGACCAAUUCAUUCUAAGUACAAUAACACCCUCAACAUUGUCAGCAGAAGACAUGGAGAGUCAGUCCAGCAAACUUGUUUUCAACAUAAGCAAGCCCCUUACUGAGGAACAAGGCUACAUUGUCCACCUGGAUGACCACACUAAGCCAAUCAUGUCUUUCUCACAGGCAGAUAUCAACAGCCUGAUGAUUGGCUACAAACCACCAAACACAAGCUAUCAAGAAAGAAAGGUGUUUGAAGUAGAAUUUACCAUCUAUGACAGUCACUUCACUUGGAGUGACCCAGUCAUGGUUUUCCUGGCUGUGCGUACAUCAGACACUAAUGCACCACGUGUCUCCAUCAACACUGGGCUGACCCUCCUAGAGGGGCAGUCUAGACCAGUAGAGAGUCACAAUUUUCAGGUAGUUGAUAAUGACAACUUGGAGACGGUACAGAUCAUUGUUGUAGGUGGUUUGAGACAGGGAAGGCUGUUGGUUAAUGGCCUCCCUGCCAUUAUGUUCACCCCAUACCAUGUAGCGGAUGGUACUGUUGUUUACCAGCAUGAUGACAGUGAUUCUGACAAGGAUAACAUACAACUGAGAAUCACUGACGGAGCCCACAGUGUGAGAGCCAGCUUCCCAAUCAGCAUCCUUCCCAAAGAUGACAGUCCUCCUUUCUUAAUCAAUAAUGUCAUCUUCCAUCUCAAGGAAGGAGAGACAAUUCCAAUUGAUGGUGACAUGCUGACAGCAUCUGACAUGGACUCCAGUGAUGACUACAUUUUGUUCAGCAUUAUCCAUCCACCAGUGUCAGGGCACAUCCUGAAAAAAUAUUCAUGGCAAACACUUGGUCAUCCUAUCAAGUCUUUCUUACAAAGGGAUCUGUUUGAAGGUUGUAUAUACUACCAGCACACAGGUGAUGAAAUGUUUGCUGACUCUUUCGAGUUUGUUCUUCGUGACAGUAACGAACCACCCAAUGAGUCGGAACCACAGUCAGUUGUGAUUCAAGUCAUCCCAAUUGAUGACCUGCCUCCUGCUCCAUUGCCAGAAAUGACUAAUUCACUGGUUGUCAAGGAAACAGAAGUUGGGAUUUUUACUAAAGCACAUCUAUCUUACCAUGAUGAGGAGUCAGAGGAUGACGACCUUAUGUUCACCAUCACUACCAUGUGUCUGUUCGUGGACUCCCUAAGCUUGGAUGAUGCAGGUACUGUUGUGUCCACAGAAAAUAUGCCUGUGAUGAUAAAGACCGAUGCAGUCCGCCCAGUCCGAAUGUUCCAUCAGAGUGAGAUUGAUCACAUGAAAAUUGCUUAUGUACCACCGAUGCAUGACAUUGGACCAAAAUCUCGAACGGUGCAGUUUAUCUAUUCAGUAAGUGAUCCUUCUGGAAACACAGUGACAGGCCAGAGGUUUGACAUCACCAUCUUGCCUGUGGAUAAUGUCUCCCCAGAAGUGCAGGUCAGUGUGCUGACUGUGAAGGAAGGGCAGUCUGUUAUCAUCACUGUGGAAAACAUGAUGGUCACAGACAUCGACACUCCAGUAAAUGAAGUUGUUUUUAUUGUGAGUCGCCAACCAAAUCAUGGAAGUCUGCAAGUGAAAGGUGUUGAGCUGGCACUGAAUGGCAUGUUUACAUUUGAAGACCUCCUCCAUUACAAAAUCAGUUAUUCUCACGAUGGCUCUGAGAUACCAAGGGACAAGUUUUCUCUUAAGGUCAGUGAUGGAGUGAACUCUGUCACCAUGGAAGUACCAGUAGAGGUUCAUGCUGUAAAUGAUGAAUCCCCUGUGAUGUUGGAUGGUCUCCAUCAACAUUUAACUGUUCCUGAAGGGGAAACAGUACUUCUCACACCUGAAGUGCUGGCAGCAACUGACACAGAUACAGAUGACUUCCAGUUGACAUUCAUUGUGGUGCAGCCACCACACAGAGGUAUGCUGUACAGGGAUGGUGUCAUGGUCACACAGUUCAGACAACAGGACGUACAUGCUGGUGCUGUUAGCUACUCCCACACGGGAGGAGAGGUUGGGAUGACAGCUCUGCAGGAUUCUUUCACACUUGUUGUCUCGGAUGACCCUUUCCCCCGCAAUGCGCUACCAGUGCAUGAUGUAAAUAUUACGAUCACUCCAGUGGAUAAUCAGCCACCAGAUGUUAUCUUGGGCAGCCCUUUUAUUGUUGAUGAAGGCCUGUCAACCUCUAUCCAGGACAGAAUGCUGAAUGCCUAUGAUGUUGAUACCGAUGAAGACAAUAUUGGGUUCAUUGUCACACUGCAGCCAGCAUGGGGAUAUGUGGAGAACAUUGCACCCAUGCCUGGUCAUGAAAAAGGCAACGUUGGAAUUCCAGUUUCAUCCUUUCAGUUGAGGAAUAUCAAAGAUGGACAUAUCAGAUAUGUUCAGUCUGUCCAUAUCGGAACAGAACCAACCCAGGACCAGCUGGUUGUGUGUGCUACAGAUGGAAGACAUCAGUCCAACAAUGUCACCAUUCCCAUAGCCAUACGACCACGGAAUGAUGAGGUUCCAAACUUGACUGCUCGUGAUAUUGACAUUGUAGAGGGAGCUGCUAUGGAACUGAAUUUGUCUAUGCUAGAUGUUACUGACUUAGAUCUACCACCUGACGAUAUUAUAUUUUCUGUGACAAAGCUUCCCAAGCAUGGACAACUGUUUGACAGCAGUCACAGGGCCAGUGGUAGCAGUCAGCACAGUAAUGUCCCACAGCAUUUUACUUUGGAGGAGCUGAAGACUAGGAUGAGACUGGUCUAUCGCCAUGAUGGAUCUGAAAGUAAAGAAGAUGUAUUCUCUAUUGCUGUUACUGAUGGAAAACAUAUUGUGAAAAAGACUGUCAAAGUUAGCAUCAAGGCAGUCAAUGAUGAAAAACCAGAAGUGAUCAGAAAUACUGGCCUCAUUGUUGGUCGGUUAGAAAGCAAAAUUUUGUCUAGUGUUGUUUUACAGUCCCAAGAUAAAGAUGACAAUGCCAAGGAUCUUGUGUAUGUUCCACUUACCGUCCCUAAAAGGGGUGUGCUGCAGCUGAGACAAAAGCCUUCUGAAAGUUGGAAGGACAUAAAAAAAGACAGAAACUUUACACAGUGGCAAGUGGACAUGAACAUGGUGAGGUAUCUACACACCGGACUCAUGGGAUCUAAGGGAAUGGAUGUGUUUAACUUCUAUGUGACUGAUGGAGUGAAUGUGUCUCCUAUGCAGGACUUUAUUAUAACCAUCAAGAAAAUGAAGAAGACGGGAAUACAGGUACUCAGUAGGGAUGUUCACAUCAAUGAGGGAAGUAGGGUUGUCUUGAGUUCAGAUGUCUUGUCUGCCACAGAUGGAACUAAUGAGGUAGAAAAAUUGAUCUUCACCGUUCAAAACCCACCCAGCCAAGGGAACAUAGAAGAUAUCAAUGAACCAGGAGUGCCCCUGUACACAUUCUCUCAGUUGGAGUUGCUUGGUCGCAGGGUUGUUUAUGUCCACACAAGUAAGGCUGAUGUUUCUUCAGACUUAAUUACGUUUACAGUUACUAAUGGAGUGAAGGAGCAGAAUGUUUCUCUCACUGUCAGCAUCAUGGCAGUGGAUGACACACCACCUACAUUGUCUAAGAAUUUGGGAAUCAAGCCCCAUGUUGGAGAAGUCGUAACCAUAACUUCACAGGAUCUGCUGCUGACAGACCCAGAUUCAUCAAUGGAUAAUCUAGUGGUCAACAUCAUCCAGGGUCCCAGAUACGGGCAGAUCCUGAUCGGUGGAGUUCCUGUAGCUGAUAGAUUUACUCAAGCUGACAUAGAUGCCAAACGGAUAUCUUACAGACAUAGUGGGGGAAAGGCAAGCAUUGACAGAUUUUCUUUCACUGCAACUGAUGGGAGAAAUAAGGGCUUCUUUUUGAUGGGAAAGCUGUUGGAUGAGCCAGUAUUUUUUGAAAUUGAAGUGGAUUUGACAAAGAGGCAACCACUGCAAGUAAGAAAGGCUGUUCCCUCUCCAUUGCUGAAAAUGAGUGGUGGGCGUGUGGGAUUUCAGCUGACAGACGAAGUGCUUAAAGUUGGAGACUCAGUAAUGAAGUCAGUGCAGUUUGUUUUUACAGUCACACGUCUUCCCCUUCAUGGCUACCUUGAGAGGAGAAGAAGUGGUUCGAUCAUCACAACAUCAUUUACACAAGAGGAUAUCAGUGAUGGAGACAUUGUGUACAUUCUCAAUAAGGAUGUGUAUGUGACCAGUGACAGCUUUUUAUUUGAUGUGUCAGACUCAGAUGGAAAUAUACUGAAGAAUCAAAGGUUCCAUCUGAAAUGGUCUACAGUUGAAAUGGUCCAUCCUCAGUAUUCAGUGUGUGAAGAUGUGGGGUCAGUUUCCAUUCUUCUGAGAAGACGAGGCAACUUGGACCAGUCCGUGUUUGUAGGUGUCCAUGUGAAAGGUUUGACAGGAGAGGAGGGGCAGGACUUCACCACAGGUCGAGCCCAGCAGAUUCAAUUUGACCCUGGUGUCAGUGAAAGACAAUGGACCAUAGGGAUUACAAAAGACAAUCUGCAAGAGAAUAAGGAAAAGUUUCGAGUACAGCUACGAAACCCAGACAACACUUUACUUGGACAGCAGAACAAGUCUCUUGUUAUCAUACACGACUUCCAGAAUGGUAAGUGCAGCAUUAGUGCACAAGAGACAGUCAACAUGGAACAGGCUAGGCAACGUCCUAGGUCUUCUGGCAGCGUGAUCAUGCCAUCGUCAUUCUUCUCAAAUGGGACCCUUCGUCAGUGGAUGUACCAUGGACUUCUUCCAGUGAAGACAAGGACUGGUCUGAUCACUUCAGCGCAGGUCAGUCUACAGAAAAUGUCUCCUGCACAAGAUGAAAGGAGCAAUCCAAGAAGACCCAGCACUGCUAUAGUGAAGGGCAACAAGAAGAGGUCAGGAGUUAACCAGAGACCAUGUGACAGCUCCACUAAAGGCCUUUUGCAGUACGAAUCCAAGCAACUUUAUCAGUGUAAUGGCAGGAGAUGGCAGUUGUGGAAACCACAGGAGCAGCCCUUGACUGGUGGUUGCCAAACAGGAUGGACAAAGUAUGGAAGUUUAUGCUACCGCAAAGGAGACAGUCAAGAAACAUGGAAUGAUGCUCAGCUGAUCUGCAGAGAAAGGCAUAGUGCAGAAUUGCCCACCAUUUUAUCAUCAGAAACAUCAGAUUGGAUCUCUACAUUUGUGAACAGGGAGCCAGUUUGGAUUGAUAACUACCAAGUACUGCAAUGCAUGGGAAAACAUCUCAAGUAUAGGACUGGACUGAAUGAUAAGGGCCAGCAAAGACGAUGGAAGUGGCCAGCAGGGCAGUCUCUUUCGUAUACCAACUGGAAGCCAGGUCAGCCUGAUUCUGACUCGGACAUACAGCGCAACUGUGUGGUCAUGAACCAGCUACAGAAAUGGAAUGUCAGGAAGUGCCACCGUGGGAGGAAUGUCUAUAUAUGUGCAAAAGAAGUUGGGAGUUGAACCAUCAUUCCAACAUUUGAUCAUGUUUAUGGAAAACUCCAUUUCCAAACUUGUCACUUAUUUCUUGUAGUGCAACUGAAGGAGAAAGUGUUUGAAUGAAUGAGAAUCAUUGAAUCAACAUAAAUGUUUGUAUGAAAUAAACAUCCUUCUGGUGUUAUUGAUCACCAAAUCUUAAGGAUCAUUAAAGUUAGAGGUACAAUCAAGUCAGAUUUUGAAAUAUUUGUGAUUAGUGUGUGUAACGUUAUAUGCAGUUUCUAGCAUUGGCUAACGUAGGAAUUUUACAAAUGAUAUAGACAGAGUUGCCCUAGUUUCAUAUUUCAUAAGAAUGAUGUCCACUAAGAUUCCAUUCUGAUAGUAACAUGUUCAAAAUCUGUAACAAGAUGUUAUUUUCCAAUUUGAUAUAAGCUGACAAAUUUAGAUUCUAUACUUGCUCCAUGAGGACAAAUCAUUUUUUGAUUGUAAGCACAUUAUAAUUGUAAUUGGAACAUUUGAAUAUUGUUAGGCAGUGGGCAGUUACAAAGCUAUCACUAAAAUUAAAGAAUCAUUCAAAUGGUUCCACACUUAAGUGUUAAGGAUAUUCUCCAAUGGAACAAAUAAAAAAAAAAUUCUGACUCAA